AUUUGGCAUUUGACAGACCUUUCUCAUUCACGUAAUCUGAAGGAGCUGUGGCUUGAUGCUAAUUACUUGGAGGGCAGUAUUCCAGAAUCUAUUACGUCUCUUACUUCCCUCACCACAUUGACAUUAGACAAUAACAACCUGACUGGAUCAUUGCCACAAGAAGGGCAAUCAUUUCAUGGGAUCUCUACCUUCUACUUUGGCUAAUUCUUCCUCAUUGUUGACUUUCGAUUUGAUGCAUAACAAAUUUUCAGGUCGAAUUCCAAGAUGGAUUAGCUCAUUCUCUAGUUUAAGGGUUCUCAUGUUAAAAGAAAACAAACUUGAAGGCUCUAUUCCGACACAUUUAUGUGAGCUCAAGAAUAUUAGAUUGUUAGAUCUUUCUCAAAAUAAGCUUUCUGGAGGCAUACCAUAUUGCUUGAAUAACAUCGGAUUUGGAAACAUGGAUGCAGCAAGUGAAAUCGAAAUAGGAAGUUUUAUUGUGUCCUGGACUACAAGAUCGUCUCAUUACCGUUUUGACAGUAUUACCGGUAAAGUUUUUGUACUAAAAGAAAAACAAAAUGUUACAUUGUGUAAAGUGCAAGAAGUAGAUUUUACAACAAAAAGCAGGUAUGAAUCUUACAAGGGAAGCAUUUUAAAUUUCAUGUCUGGGUUGGAUCUCUCUAGCAAUCAAUUGAGAGGUAAAAUUCCUUCAAACCUUGGAUACUUAAGCACUGUCCAUGCUUUAAAUUUGUCAAACAAUCAAUUGGAAGGGCCUAUUCCAGAAACGUUUUCCAGCCUCAAGCAGAUAGAAAGCCUUGAUCUUUCACACAACAAAUUGACAAGCCACAUUCCUGCACAACUAACUCAGUUGUACUUCUUGUCUUUCUUCUCAGUUGCUCAUAAUAAUCUAUCUGGAAUGACACCUGAUAUGAAAAAUCAAUUUGCAACUUUUGGCUCAGCCAGUUAUGAAGGGAACCUUUUUCUAUGCGGUCCCCCUUUGCCGCAAAAUUGCUCAAUAGGAGGGAGAAACAGGCAACCUCAUCAUUUGGAUACAGAUGAUUUUCGAGAUGCUUUCUUAUGGAGUUUUGUUGGAGCAUUUGGGGUCUUUUUUAUAAGUGUCAUUAUAGUUAUUUAUUUGAAUCCUUACAUUUUCAAUUACAAACUACUUGUAUUAGAGAGAGUUAUAACAAGUUAUUUGUAUGAGUGAUGGCAAAAAGGAAAAAGGCUUUACUUAGAGUUCAAUUAGAGUUCAUAAGAUUUUGAUCAUGUAAUCGAUGGCCUGCUGAUCUUUUCUAGAAUUACAAUAACCAAAAGAUUGCUGGUUUCAAGUCUUCUCAGGAUCAGAAAGGAAACUUAAUUGAAAUAUUCGAAUCAUUACUUCU